UUUAGUAAUUAUUUAAAGUUUAAUGGAUUAAAAAAAAAUUAAUAAUAAAAAAUAUGAACAAAACACGAUUUUUGACGAAAAUAAAUUUUAAUAAUUCAAAUAGGUUUGUUAGUACUGUAAAAAAACAAUCUCCAACUCAAUAUUGUUUACAACUUGUCAGGAAACAUGAUUACGAGAAUUAUUUGUGCUCAUUAUUGCUACCAAAAGAUUGUCAAGCGCCAGCGAUAGCAAUCAGAGCUUUCAAUGUCGAAAUAGCACUUGUUCAGGAACAUUCUCGUGAACUAGCAAUAUCUAACAUGAGGUAUACAUUUUGGAAUGAUACUUUGGCUAAAAUAUUUGACAACAAUCCUCCAGAGGCUCCUGUCCCUCUAGAACUAUCACGAAUUUUAAAGACAAGAAAAUUAUCUAAAAGGUAUUUCCAACGUCUCCUGGACGCGAGGUGGAAGCAUUCUCAAGGUUCUUCCUUCUUGGAUCUGGCUGCUAUGGAACAAUACUCCGAAAAUACGGUAUCGUCGAUUUACUAUCUGUUAUUAGAAGUUAAAGACAUCAAAGACGUCAACGUUGAUCAUAUUGCCAGUCAUCUGGGAAAAGCGCAGGGUAUUAUAAAUCUACUGCGAUCAGUACCCUACCACGCACAGCGGAGGAAUCUCGUCCUUCCUCAGGAUGUCUUGAUGCAAAAUAAUGUCUCUUCAGAGUCUGUGUUUCGAGGAGUAGCGAGCAAGGAAUUAAAUGAAGCUAUUUUUGAAGUUGCUUCUCGAGCUAAUCAGCAUUUAGACAAAGCGAAAAAAUUGAGGAAGAAUAUUAAAAUGAAUUUAGAUUAUAUUUUUUUACCAGCUGUGAUUGUCGAGAGAUACUUGAAAAAGCUUCAGUAUGUUGACUUUAAUAUUUUUGAUAAAAGGUUACAUAUUAAAGAAAAUAUGUUACCAUUUAAAUUAUUAUGGGAAAAAUUAUUUACCAAAUGGUAAAGAUUUUUUUUUAGUUUAGAAAAAUUUUGUAGGAAAAUUUGUUAAGUAUUUAUUAAAUAUUUUUUUUUUAUUAAACUUAAAAAAAAUAAAU